AUUUGCAUAUCCACUUCCACUCCUUCCUCAUUUGCAUACAGCAAGAAUGGCGAGCGGGCAUCCCACAGACAAAUUCAGUUUCAUGUAUCAACCAGACACGCACAAGAGUAAGAACAGGUUAUCUUCAGCUAUGAAUCCAGUCUACAGCCCUGUCCAGCCUGGAACUCCAUAUGGAAACCCCAAGAAUAUGGCCUUCACAGGCUAUCCAGGGGGGUAUCCUGCUACAGCUCCUACCUACACCAACCUGUACCAAACAGGCAGUCCUGGGUAUCCACCAGGAUAUACUCCAGCAGGAACUCCAUACAAAGUGCCCCCCACUCAGUCAAAUGGAGCCCCUCCUCCUUAUACUCCGACCCCUACCCCGUACCCGACAGCUAUGUACCCCAUCCGCAGUGCCUACCCUCAGCAGAACCUAUACACACAGGGAGCGUACUACACCCAGCCAGUGUUUGCCGCUCAGCCACAUGUGAUCCAUCACACCACCGUGGUGCAGCCUAACAGCAUCCCCUCCACAGCCCUCUACCCGGCCCCUGUUCCUGUACCUGCUCCUCGCAACAACGGCAUGGCUGCCAUGGGGAUGGUAGCUGGGACAACCAUGGCCAUGAGCGCAGGGACUCUGCUGACAACGCCACAACACCCCCCAAUUGGAGCACACCCAGUUACUGUGCCAACCUACAGGCCCCAAGGGACACCUGGGUACAGCUACGUACCGCCUCACUGGUAGAGCCCAUCCAUCAUAUCUGGAGUCCACCAUCGUAUGCAACUGCUCGAAUCUUACCGCGAGCUCCCGUCAGUAAUCACGGGAACUCUGCAUCUGUCUGCAAGAACAAAACUAAAGUGCAACAGCCACUUUACUAUCAUUGUUAUUGUGCGACAUUCUCUAACAUUUUUACAAAAGCUGCUUUUUCUUUGUUUUCUUUUUCUUUUUUCCUUUUCAUCUGCCAACCAAUCAUUAUCUUAUUUUGUAUUGUUAUUUUAUUUCAUUUCCUCAUUUUCCUUUGCUGUGUCUGUCAUUGGAACUCCAGAAGGACUCUUGACCAAUCACGGGUGUCGAGCGCUCCUGUUACUGUGUUGUGCUGGUGUGUGUAUGUGUGCGUGCGUGUGUGUGUGUGUGUGUGUGUGUUUCUGCCUGCUGCAACUCAGCUGGCUGGAGAAUAUUGGGCACUUAUUCUUCUUCAUCUCCAUUGGUCACAAAGACUUAUUGACUUAUGCUGCCAAAUUUUUUAAUGACUAGAUAUCAGCACAGGGUUUCAACACAACUAGGAUUUUAGUUUUACAGAUUGUUGAUUUUUAAUGUUCCUUCUUUUUGCUACACUCAGAUGAGUUACCUUACUUUGCAGUCUCUCCCCCCAAAUUCUUCCUCAUCCUUUUUCAGUUUGAUCUCGGUCGUCUUCCAGUGUAGCUGUGUCCAGCAGUAGUUUGUCAUCCCGGUUGUUACGCCUCCAUAGGAGUGCUAUGAGCACUGACCAGCCAUCACCUGUAAUGCUACGCCUCACAUUUUUUUGUCUGCUUUAGCAUUGUACCUAGUACAAACAUCAUGCUACAUACUAUGCAGGCUAGUAUGUUGCAACACUAUCAAAAUUUUAUCCUAGCUAUAGAGGACGUUCCUGGGUGGUUUGGGUCAUGUCAGCUUUCUUUCCGUGGUUAGAGUAGGUAAGUACAUUUAAAACCUUAAAAAAAUACAGCUAUACUAACAGUGACAACAGCUUGGAUGGUCGUGCACACUUUCUGACACACACACACACACACACACA